AUUCAAUCUUUCUCAUUUUAGAGUAAAAACCAAACAUGUUUCCAUUUAUAUCUUCCGCAUUAACUCUUCUUCUUUCACCCAUCAAACUUUUCAUCCAUGAAGACUUCCAUCACGUCUUUCACAGGAUGCCGCUCACUGACAAGUUCCUUUUCAUGAUUAUUCAUGGUGCUGACAAGUUAGGAAUCCAUUGGUAUCGUUUGCCCGUUUUCUUGGGGCUGAUAUACCUAGCCAUACGGAGGUAUCUUCAUGAUGAGUACAAUUUGCUUAACGUUGGGAAAACUCCGGUAGGUGUUCGGUUCAAUCCUGGCGACUUUCCGUUCAGGACAGCUGAUGGGAAGUUCAAUGACCCUUUCAAUGAAGGCGCCGGAAGUGAAGGGACUUUCUUUGGCCGAAACAUGCCUCCAGUUGAUCAGAAUGAUAAUAAGGGGAAACGAGGGAGUACUGGAAAAGGAAGGUGGCUGACAUCACUGUUGUUUAAAGGUGGAAGCUGCCGAUGUUGGGGAUUUAAUGGCUCCAAGAACCAGCCGUCAUCAACGUCGGGGAAUUAUCCACGGCAAGAACUGCUACUAAAACCAGAUCCGAUGGUGGUGGCGACAAAGCUUCUAACACGCAGACAACUUAUAGACACCGGAAAACAAUUUAACAUGAUUGCUGCAUCAUGGAUUCAGUUCAUGAUUCAUGAUUGGAUUGAUCAUCUUGAGGAAACACAACAGAUUGAGCUGACGGCCCCUGAAGAAGUAGCGAGUCAAUGCCCUCUCAAAACAUUCAAGUUUUACAAGACCAAAGAAGUUGACACUGGUUUUCAUAAUAUCAAGAAAGGUCACCUUAACAUCAGAACUCCUUGGUGGGACGGAAGUGCAAUAUACGGAAGUAACUCAACUAAACUUAACCAAUUGAGAACAUUUAAAGACGGAAAGCUCAAGAUUGGUGAAGACGGCCUUCUCCAACAUGAUGAUGAUGGGGUUCCAUUAUCAGGGGAUGUUCGUAAUGGUUGGAUUGGCCUAUCAACCUUGCAAGCCCUUUUUAUCCUUGAGCACAAUGCCAUUUGUGACAUGUUGAAGGAAGAAUACCAUGAUUUGGAAGAUGAAGAUCUAUAUCGUCAUGCAAGACUAGUAACUUCUGCUAUCAUUGCCAAAAUCCACACUAUCGAUUGGACAGUCGAGCUUCUUAAAACAGACACACUUCAUCUAGCAAUGAGAGCUAAUUGGUAUGGUAUACUGGGGAAAAGUUUCAAGGACACAUUUGGGCAUGUUGGAGGACCCAUUCUUGGAGGUCUUGUAGGAUUAAAGAAAUCCAAUAACCAUGGGGUACCCUACUCGCUAACCGAAGAGUUUGUGAGUGUUUAUAGAAUGCAUUCUCUAUUGCCUGAUCAGCUAUUUAUUAGAGAUGUCAAUUCUGCUUCAGGCCCUAACAAAUCUCCCAAGUUGACAAAAAAGGUUGACAUGAUAGAUUUGAUUGGGAGGGGAGGAGAAAAUGAAUUAUCAAAAAUUGGAUUUACAACACAAAUGGUAUCAAUGGGACAUCAAGCAAGUGGAGCACUUGAAUUGUGGAAUUAUCCGGCAUGGCUUAGGGAUAUUGUGCCUCAAAAUGUAGAUGGUACAGAUCGUCAAGAUCAUGUCGACUUAGCCUCACUAGAGAUUUAUAGGGAUAGAGAACGGAAUGUAGCAAGAUACAACGAAUUUCGUAGAUCACUUUUCUUGAUCCCGAUCUCAAAAUGGGAGGAUCUAACAGAUGAUCAAGAAGCUAUUGACAUGUUGCGUGAAGUGUAUGACAACGACGUGGAGAUGCUUGAUUUGUUAGUAGGAAUGGCAGCCGAGAAAAAGAUCAAAGGUUUUGCCAUCAGUGAAACGGCUUUUGUGAUAUUUAUUAUCAUGGCAUCAAGGAGACUUGAAGCAGACAGAUUUUUCACGAGUGACUAUAACGAAGAUGUGUACACGAAGAAGGGAUUAGAAAGGGUGAACACAACAGAAAGUUUGAAAGAUGUGUUAGACCGACAUUACCCAGAGAUGACUGAUCGAUGGAUGAACUCAGCAAGUGCUUUUACCGUAUGGGAUGCUACACCGGAGCCUAAUAAUCCCGUACCGAUAUUUUUUCGUGUCCCUAAAUGAUUGUUUGCAUAUAUAUAAUUUUUUUUGUAUAUUCAAUGAAUUAUAUAACGUAUUUUCUUGUGUAUAAGAAUUGAAAGUUUAUUUAUUGUUUAGAAUGCUUCUUGUGGAGUGAAGUUAGGAAUCAUCAUUGACAUCAUUCCAUGUAUGUAUUUUAUGUAAUAAAAUAUUAUAUCGUA